AUGAAUUCAGCUGCUUUGUAUGAUUUUUUAAGUGGUAUAGCUGGUGCAACAGUUUCAGUUUAUGUUGGUCAACCAUUAGAUACAAUCAAAACUAAACUUCAAAUAUUUCCAAAUCAUUAUAGAAAUUUUCUUGAUUGUGCUCAAAAAAUUUUCUAUAAAGAUGGUAUAUAUGGUUUUUAUGCUGGAACGAUACCAUCAUUACUUGCCAAUGUUGCAGAUAUUCAUUUAAAAUCUCUUAAUUAG